AUGUCUCAACUCGAAAAAAGCGACCAGAAGGUCUUUUAUGAAGACAACGGACUGGAACUUCAGCCCAUGAAGGAGGUUACCGAGGACAACGUCGUCGACACCAAUUUGCAGGUUCCCGGACCCAUCCCCUUUGCCGCCUGGCUUAUUAUCGUCACCGAGUUGUGCGAGCGUUUCUCGUUCUAUGGUGCGUCCAUGUUGUUCCAACGUUACAUGUUGACCCAUCUCCUCCAGACCAAGGGUAACGCCACUGCCAUCUCCCGUGGAUUCUCUUUCUUCUCUUACAUCACCACCAUCUUUGGUGCCAUCGUCGCCGACAAGUGGCUCGGAAAGUACAAGACCAUCUUGAUCUUUGCCAUCCUCUACACUGCCGGUCUCGUCCUCUUGACCGUCUCCUCCAUCGACUCACUCAAGGACACCCUCGGCCUCCCCGGUUUCCUCGUUUCCCUCUACUGCAUGAUCUCUUGGGGUACCGGUGGUAUCAAGUCCAACGUAUCUACCUUCGCUGCCGAGCAGAUCCCCUCCGAGGAUUACCCUCACCCCACCAAGCCCGGUGUCACCAUCAACCAUGCCAUCACUGUCGAGCGUGUCUUCCGUUACUUCUACAUGGCCAUCAACAUUGGUGGUAUGUUGGGUCAGGCCAUCACUCCCGCCGUCUCCGAGAAGGCCUGGGACCUCGCCUUCAUGAUCCCUGCCAUUGUGUUCGUUGUCGGUAUCAUCAUCUUUGCCCUCGGUCGCUCAAAGUACUACGAUCGCCCUCCCAAGGGUAACAUUCUCGGCCAGACCUCCCGUUGCCUCAUCUAUGCCUUCAAGAACCGCAAGAACCGUGUCCCUGGCACUCACUGGAUUCAGGGAGCCAUCUCUCCCAACGAUGGAUCGCUCGAGUGGGACAACAAGUUCGUCACCGAUCUGGAGAAGACCUUCCACGCCUGCAAGGUCUUCUUGGUCUACCCCGUCUACUGGGCUCUGUACAACAACAUGAACGACAACUUUGUCAACAUGGCCAUCAACAUGACUCGCCCCAGCUGGUUGAAACCCGAGCAGCUGUCCUUUGUCAACUCUGCCGUCAUUGUCAUCUUCAUCCCCAUCCUCGACAUCAUCAUCUUCCCUAUCCUCCGCAAGGCCGGCUUCAAGUUGGGACCCAUCAACCGUAUUAUCAUUGGAUUCAGCAUUGUCACCUUCUGCUUCGUCUACGUCACCGUCUUGCAGCACUUCCUCUACAAGUCCGGCCCUUACUACAACUUCUCCGGCUUUGACCCCCAGGGCAACGCCGUCUCCAUCCCCACUGACAUCUCCGAUGUCAUCAACGACAUCACCAUCUGGACCCAGUUGCCUGCCUACAUUUUGAUCGGUAUCUCUGAGAUCUUCGCGUCCGCCACCGGUCUCGAGUUUGCCUUCCGCUCUGCUGCCCCCGAGCUCAAGUCCGUCGUCAUGUCGCUCUUCUUGGCCACCAACGCUUUUGGUUCCUUGAUCGGAAUGAUCUUGGCCAUCUGGUCCAACGACCCCAACUUUGUCUACGUCUAUGCCGCCCAGGCCGCUGCCAUGUUCGUCAUGACCAUCCUCUUUGCCUGGAAGUUCGCCCACCUCGACCACAUUAUCUAA